CCGGCCAUGCUGCGGGUGCUGCUCCAGCGGGCCACGCACCUCCCGAGCCUGGAAAAGCGGGAUAAGCAGAGCGAUCCCGUGGCCAGCCUGACCUUCCGAGGUGUGAAGAAGAGGACAAAGGUCAUCAAGAACAACGUCAAUCCCAUAUGGAAUGAGGGAUUCGAGUGGGAUCUCAAGGGGGUUCCCCUGGACGCCGGAGCCGAGCUCACCGUGGUGGUCAAGGACCAUGAGACCGUGGGCAGGAACAGGUUCCUGGGGGAGUGCCGGGUGCCCCUCCGGGAUGUGCUGGGCACCCCCAGCCUGGCGGCCUCAUUCAACCUCCCGCUGCUGGACACGCGCAGGGAGGGCACCGGG